GAUUCACAAAGAAAAUAGUCCCUGUAUAAGAAGUGUAUAACAAAGUGUGUGCAAGACCAAAAAUCAGUGUACAUUCAAAAAUCCCCUAUUUCAUCGCAAGGAGUGUGUGAGUUCUUCCAGAGUUCCAGGGUGCAGAUUGCUAAGGCUUACAAGGAAGGAUACAAGAAGGUAACAGGAAACCCAAAUCAUUUCCUGUAACUGAAAGGCUGUGCUCAUUGCUUAAAAGGAUACAAAAGCGCUUCUUAGCAAAUAUGAGCUGCAGUUUUCUUUCUACAUUUUCAAGACCGGCAGCUAUUACUGUAGGGAAGACCCAAAGCAAUGUGUCACGGAAGCAAAUAAAAACCUCCAAGCAAAGAAGAAUUUGUGCUUACUACGGCCUCAAAACACCUCCUUACGAACUCGAUGCAUUAGAGCCCUACAUGAGUCGAAAGGCAGUAGAGUUACACUGGGGUGGGCACCACCGAGGUUACAUUGAAGCUCUGAACAAACAGCUUGGGAAGAAUGACGUACUGUAUGGAUACACCCUGGAAGAACUGAUUAAAGUCACUUAUAACAACGGAAAUCCAUUACCUGAGUUCAACAAUGCUGCCCAGGUCUGGAACCAUGAUUUCUUUUGGGAAUCCAUGGAACCUGGAGGAGGGGACAUGCCUAAGGUUGGCCUACUUCAGCAGAUUGAGAAGGACUUUGGCUCAUUUACAAAUUUCAGAGACAAGUUUAUUGAAGAAGCACUCUCAUUGUUUGGUUCUGGCUGGGUUUGGCUUGUUUUGAAGAGGGAGGAGAAACGUCUUGCAGUUGUUAGAACAUCAAAUGCUGUCAAUCCUCUUGUGUGGAAUGACAUUCCUAUCAUCUGUUUGGAUAUGUGGGAGCACACUUACUAUAUGGAUUACAAGAAUGAUAGAGAAAAGUAUGUUGAAGUAUUUAUGAAUCAUCUUGUCUCUUGGACUACUGCAUUAGUGAAUCUGGCUCGUGCACAGUCCUUCGUGAAUUUAGGGGAACCCAAAAUUCCUGUUGCGUGACAUUACACAACAUGUCAGUAAGCUCCUUGUUAUAGAUGGAUCAUUAGAUAUCUUGGGUGGACAUUGUGUAUGUAUUUGUAUAUAGGAGAUCAAAGUAUACAGUAGGUUAAGGCCAUUGUGCUAAAUACAUCAGUACUUGAUAGUCAAUAUAACUACAUCUUUUCCACAAGAAGAGUCAUGUUUAGAAAAAAACAUUAUUGUUAUCAUAAUAUUGUUGUUGGUAUUGUCACUCCUACACCUACUACUAGUAUGGAUGGGAAUCAAGGUGUUGGUCGACUUUCCUAAUAAAGUUGUUUAUGUAACCCUAUCUCAUAGUCUUCAAUUUGCUAGUAUAUAAGU